AUGUCGAAAAAACCCAAACUUUUCGGUGACCCCUGGGGCGAACUCUCGCCCUCGUCUGCUUCAUCCGGCUCCCCAUCCUCCUCCUCUUCUGUGUCCGACUUCUCCGUGAGCCAAAAUGCCAUGGGAAUUAUAUCUCACCAUAACUCUGACAACGGUGAUGAGCGGUUCCUUGGGUUAUCUUUCGAAGUAUGGGUGCAAAUAUUCCGUUACGCAGGCAUCAUCUGCAAUAUUUCUCAUGCCGCGAUGAGAGCCACGAGCACCGAUACUGUGACAUGCGCCUUACAUCGUUCUUCCUUCUCACGACGACCCUGCGCCCACACUUCUUUCCUACCGAUGCUUGCAGUUUCAUCACAGGCUAGGCAAGUGACUCACAAAGCUAUUUUUCAAGAGUUUUCGCUUGCCUUCACUCUGCGCACUAUGGAAGAUUUGAUGGGGUUGAAACAAACCUUACGAGGAUUUGCGCGUAUGGCUCCACUGGAAUAUAGCCUCAAAAGAAUUAAAGUUGUCUUGAAAUCAUAUGACGGACGUCAACUCAAGGGUACGCACAAGAGAAAGCCCGCCCUUAAUCUCUACAAGAGCUUUUGUGACUAUGUUGGAGAAAAGCUACAAGGCACUCUCAAACACUACGUUUUUGAAUGUCGUGUCGCUGAUGAAAUGGUGACACGCGAGAUUGUUGAUAAAAUGAGAAACAAUUUCCAGAUGCUUGACUCCUGCGCAUUUCGCUUCGAAUACUCCGGCCCAGGCUCCAUCUUAGAAAUUGCAGGGGACGCCGCCGCGAAAACGAUUAUACCCAAAGAGCACACUUCACAACCAUUCCGGUUUAUGGACUUGCCAAAUGAAAUCAAAGAGAUGAUUUUGAAGGAAGUCUUGGUCAAUCGUUGGGAUUCAAUGCGACUAAGUGAGGAGGCUAAAAACGGAUACAUCUAUCUGCCGAGAAUUAUUUACUUCCCACAGCUCUUCGGCCCUUCGCAUAAAAUGUCAUGCUGCUCGGAUUGCUCAGCUCAUUUUGCCAGAGGUUGCUCUUGUGUCUCUAGAUCGUCGUACUCAACCACCUGUGCUUGCUUCACUUCACCAGUCCCGAUAUUCUUGACCAGCAAGUUCAUGUACAGCAUGGCUAGCUAUGUCUUUUUUACUCGAAACACUUUUGCCUUUGACGGCCAUCCAUAUAAAACAAUUUCUAUCAUAUCAAAAAUUCCACAGAAGCAUGUACAACUCAUUCGACGCAUCGUUAUGUACAUCAAACCAACCUGUGCUAGGGAUGGAUAUGUUCACAUCGCCAACUUUAUGUGCAAAAAGUUCGACCUAACGCGCCUCACACUCAACAUAGAACAUGAUCAUUUUUCUAAGGACUAUGGUUCUUCUAAGAUGCUCGUUGACCGGUUCAAAAUACUCAUUGCUCGGCUCAAAGAAGCCAACACAAAGCGCGAAGACGCAAACGCUAAGGAAAAUCUAGCACCAUAA